UUGUGGGUGGUUCUUCCUUGGGUGGCCCACCACCUUCUGAGCGCAUCUGAUGUCGACUGCCAUGGCUGCCAUGUUCAUUAACUAAAAUAAUUUUAAAAAACUUUAUAAAAGGUAAUUGAUAUAUACACCUACCCCUUUUGAUAGAUACACCCAUUCCGAUGCUGCAACUGUUUCUAUCUGAUUUAAUAAAGUACUACAGAGCUGUAAUAUUGUCUUACCGAAAGUAGAAAAGAAGGGCGUAUCUAUCAAGGAGGGAGGGCGUGGACGGUGGCUCCCAGGAAGAGAGACAGAGAGAGCUUUAUCUUUCUCGAGAAGCUUAUUAAGAUGCUGAGCAGUUGCUUUUGCUGCUUUUAGAGUUUUCAGCUUGAAAGCGAAGGUGGGUUGAAUCCAAAGACUCGAUUUUGGAGAGAUAUGAAAGAAAAGGGCUGAGAUUGUGAAAGUGGUUGAUAUUGGGGCUUUUGUGAGAUUGCACGGCAAUUAAUGGGUUCCGAGAAUGAAUAGAGAAACAUGGUGUUUGAUAUUGGAAUAGGGUUCUCUCUUUGAAAGGAGAAAGAAGAAAAAUCUGGGUUUUCACUGCCGCCUCCAGCGGAAUCCUAUUCUUGGGUAGUACUUUUUUGUUGGUCAUAAUGAUGGAGAAGCAGCAGAGCUUCCACGAAAAGAAGAGGAACAAAGAGCCCACAGGGAAACGUGGUGACUUGCUGCUUCAUCUAGCUGCUAGAACAGGGGAUUUAGUGAAAGUUAAAGAGAUCCUCCGGGACUGUGGUGAUGGCCGUCAGAGGGAACUGCUCUCAAUGCAGAACCAGGAUGGAGAGACGGCAAUGUAUGUCGCAGCUGAAAAUGGGCACACUCCGGUCGUUAGCGAACUCUUGAAGGCUUCAGAUUUUCAGACAGCUGCUCUUACGGCCAGGAAUGGCUACGACUCAUUCCAUAUUGCUGCUAAGCAGGGCCAUCUUGAUGUAUUGAAAGAGCUGUUGCAGUCUUUCCCCAACUUGGCUAUGACUACAGAUUCGUCAAACUCUACAGCCCUACACACAGCUGCCACUCAAGGCCAUACUGAUAUUGUCAAUCUUCUUCUAGAGAGGGAUGCAAGCCUUGCUAAGAUCGCCAAAAACAAUGGUAAGACCAUCCUCCAUUCCGCUGCAAGAAUGGGGCAUCUGGAAGUGGUGAAGUCCCUUUUAAGCACCGAUCCUACCAUCGGUUCUAGGACCGACAAGAAGGGUCAGACAGCAUUACACAUGGCAGUGAAAGGACAGAACAUCGAGGUAGUGCAUGCAUUGCUUAAGCCCGAACCUUCAGUGGUCAACUUAGAAGAUAACAAGGGAAACACGGCACUGCACAUCGCCACCAGGAAGGGUCGGACUCAGAUAAUGCAAGCGUUAUUAUUAGUUGAGGGGAUGAAUGUCAAUGCAAUUAACAAAGCGGGAGAAACCGCACUCGACAUCGCUGAAAAGUCCACGGAAGCAGAGCAACUUACUCCCAUUCUUAGGGAAGCUGGAGCAGUGACUGCAAGGGAGCUCGCAAACCCUCCAAGCGCCGCUAGGCAACUGAAACAGACGGUCAGCGACAUAAAGCACGAAGUCCAGUCCCAACUCCAACAAACCCGCCAGACGCGGAUGCGGGUCCAGAAGAUCGCAAAGAGGCUGAAGAAGCUCCACAUUGGGGGCCUCAACAAUGCGAUAAAUUCAGCCACGGUCGUUGCCGUGCUCAUUGCCACUGUCGCUUUUGCAGCCAUCUUCACUGUUCCUGGCCAGUUUGUUGAGAACGAGACCAACAAUUUUGAGAUCGGACAAGCCUAUAUUGCAAGGAAAGUAGCUUUCAUCAUCUUCUUAAUAUUUGACUCCAUAGCUCUCUUCAUCUCCCUCGCUGUGGUCGUCGUCCAGACAUCUGUAGUCGUUAUCGAGCAGAAGAAGAAGAAGCAGCUGGUAUUUGUGAUCAACAAGCUCAUGUGGUUGGCCUGUCUUUUCAUAUCGGUGGCUUUUAUCUCUCUCACGUACGUUGUGGUGGGCCACAACGCGCAGUGGCUGGCUGUGAGUACAACAGUGAUAGGCAGUGUGAUCAUGCUGACCACCCUUGGAUCCAUGUGCUACUGGGUCAUCCGGCAUAGGAUCGAAGAGUCGAGUAUGAGAAAUAUAAGGAGGACGUCCUGUAGCCAGUCCCGUUCGAUGUCUGUGUCAAUGAUCUCUGACCCAGAGCUAUUACACAAUGAAUAUAAGAGGAUGUAUGCACUUUAGGAUCUCCCUAUCUGCAUUACCAGAAGCUCUUCACUGCAUCUUUCUAUACAGUACUGCAUACGUGUAAAUCUCAAUGUUUGAAGGCUCUUCUGUAUCUCUUCAGAGAAGAGCCAAGUUCAAGCAAUUCGAAAAACGUAUACUGUCAUGUACACAAAGAAGGGCAUGCCCAAAAGAGGACCUCCAUGGCCGCAAGAAUCUUCUGCUUACUGGGGACUUAAAACAGCUUAUUCUCUAUGUUUUGUCAUCGCUCACGUGUCCUUUUUCUUCUGUAACUGAGAUUUUGGCCUACAAUUCGAGCAGAGGCUUUUAAGAACAGAUGGUUGGGUUUCUGAAACUGAAGUGAAAGGUAUUGAUUCUAAUCUUAACGCAUGCUACUGUUUUGAGUUGCA